UUUCCCUUGCCAAGUAUCUCAACAAGGUAGAAGCUCACAACUGGAAUGAUGGCAUUCUCUGGGACAUGGCAAGUCUAUUCACAGGAGAACAUUGAGGAUUUUCUAAGAGCUCUCUCCCUUCCAGAAGAAGUAAUUAAGAUUGGGAAGGACAUCAAACCAGUCAUUGACAUCAAACAAACUGGAGAACACUUUGUCAUCGUAGUCAAAACCUCACAGCAGACAGUGACAAAUGAGUUCACCGUGGGGAAAGAGGCGGAAAUCACCUCCAUGGAUGGUAAAAAACUGAAGUGCACUGUUCAACUGGAGGACGGGAAGCUUGUGUGCAAAUUGAAAAGCUUCACCCACAUUCAGGAGGUCCAGGGAAAUGAAAUGAUUGAAAAACUUACUGCAGGAAAGGCCACCAUGAUCAGGAAAAGCCGUCGAAUGUAACUGCAAUGAAACCAGCCUCACAAUGAACCUCCUAAUAAAAAUAAUUUAGGAAAUGC